AUGUUAUUGUAUUUGUUCUUGUUACUCAAGCUUGUAACCGUUGCGGAGCAGCAGUUCCUGAGGGAAGCUCUAUAUAACACUGGAAUCUUAAUUGUCUGGGAUCCAGCACCAUAUCAUGCAGAAAUUCAUGAGUGGUACAGAAAACCAGACUACAACUUUUUUGAAAUCUAUAAGUCGUAUCGUAGUACACAUCCAGAGCAGCCUUUCUAUAUCCUGAAUCCAAAAAUGCAGUGGCAACUCUGGGAUGUUCUGCAGGAGAAUUCUCUGGAGCAUAUUCAGCCUAAUCCACCGUCAUCAGGAAUGCUUGGCAUCGUGAUCAUGAUGACGCUCUGUGAUGAAGUGCACGUGUACGAAUUUCUCCCUUCCAAACGGCAGACGGACAUUUGCCACUAUUACCAGAAGUUUCACGACCGUGCCUGUACCAUGGGAGCUUACCACCCCCUCCUGUUUGAGAAAAACUUGGUGAAGCAUAUAAACCAGGGCACAGAUGAGGACAUCUAUACUCACGGGAAAGUUACUUUGCCUGGCUUCCGAAACGUGCAUUGCUAGCGGAUCAGUUUUUAGUGUGUUGAGGAAUUUUUCUUGACUGUCAAAGCACUUUUUAAAUCAGGGUUGUCAGAUUUGUUAGGUCUAAGCACUGGUGUGUUUUUACAGCUCUUCCAUGUUGCGAUACUUGCUCUUAGGACUUUGUUGCCUAACUUCUCCCAGCUGUAAGGCGGUGUUAGUACAUUGCGGUACAUCCACACGGUAUCUGCGUGAGCCACUGCAAUAAAUUUACUCCCGGUGGAGCUGGGCUCAUGCAGCGGGUGGAUAUCUCUGUCUUCAUCUCAACCAAUGACGGUGUAUGGGAGGCACAGG